AUAGCCUGAGAUCCGCAAGUUUAGUGUUGAGGACCCGAGCAGGAGGGCGACAGAGCGGAGCAGCAGAGCCGAGAGGAGCGCACAGUGUUGCCGAAUACAUGAGACGGUGUGUCCCGGUGUCGGAAAAUUAUCACCCAACACUCAGGGAUUUACAUUUACAACCAGACAAGUGGCUGCUGCAGGUUGAAACUGUCUCUUGGCCUUUCUGUGAGAGGAGCGACUCAGACACGACGUUAACAGGAGCGGCCGGCUGCAGCCUAGCUGAAGAUGUCUGAUAAUGGGGAGGUCGAGGACAAGCCCCCAGCUCCGCCCAUGAGGAACACCAGCACCAUGAUUGGCUCCUGCAACAAGGACCCCGCCCCCCUCAACCACGGAUCCAAGCCCCUCCCGCCGAACCCGGAGGACAAGAAGAAGAAAGACCGCUCGAUCCGAUUCAUCCUGACCGGAGGAGGCGAUAAGACCUAUAAGAAGAAGGAGCGCCCAGAGAUUUCUUUGCCGUCUGAUUUUGAACACACCAUCCAUGUCGGCUUUGAUGCUGUUACUGGGGAGUUUACUGGCAUGCCGGAGCAGUGGGCUCGUCUCCUGCAGACAUCGAACAUCACCAAGUUAGAGCAGAAGAAGAAUCCUCAGGCGGUCCUCGACGUUUUAAAGUUCUACGACUCAAAAGAGACGGCCAACAGCCAGAAAUACAUGAGCUUCACAGAUAAAAGUGCAGAUGCCUACAGCUCCUCCACCACAGCGCAGAGCUCCAAGGCCGUUUCCGAGACGCCCGCCAUACCCACCGUAUCUGAGGACGAAGACGAAGACGAGGCCGAGCCCCCGCCGGUGAUCGCGCCCCGACCAGAACACACCAAAUCAAUAUACACUCGCUCAGUGAUCGAGCCCCUCCCUCCUCCCCCGACCAAAGAUGCCGCGACCUCCCCCAUCACCCUGCCGACGACCACCUCCACCGCUGCUGCCGCCGCUUCUUCUGCCUCUGCCGCCGCCGCCGCCGUCACCCCCGCCCCUCCUGCUGAAGGCGCUCCCAGCAGCCCUCCCAGCGCGAGCCCCGCCCCCGGGCCUUCUCUGCCCCGCCCCCAGGACAAAACCAGGAAGAAGAAGAUGUCGGACGAGGAGAUCCUGGAGAAACUACGGACGAUCGUAAGCGUUGGAGACCCGAAGAAGAAAUAUACACGCUUUGAGAAGAUCGGACAGGGGGCGUCUGGGACGGUUUACACAGCUAUCGACAUCGCUACAGGACAGGAGGUCGCCAUUAAACAGAUGAACCUGCAGCAGCAGCCCAAGAAGGAACUGAUCAUCAACGAGAUCCUGGUGAUGAGGGAAAACAAGAACCCCAAUAUAGUCAACUACCUGGACAGUUACCUGGUGGGUGACGAGCUGUGGGUGGUGAUGGAGUACCUGGCCGGAGGUUCGUUGACUGACGUCGUCACGGAAACCUGCAUGGACGAAGCCCAGAUAGCUGCAGUGUGCAGAGAGUGUCUGCAGGCGUUGGAGUUCCUCCACUCGAACCAGGUCAUCCAUCGAGACAUCAAGAGCGACAACAUCCUGCUGGGAAUGGACGGCUCCGUCAAACUCACUGACUUUGGGUUUUGCGCUCAGAUCACUCCAGAGCAGAGUAAACGCAGCACCAUGGUCGGGACUCCCUAUUGGAUGGCUCCGGAGGUCGUGACCCGUAAAGCCUACGGCCCCAAAGUGGACAUCUGGUCUCUGGGCAUCAUGGCCAUAGAGAUGGUGGAGGGAGAGCCGCCGUACCUGAACGAAAACCCUCUCAGGGCGCUGUAUCUCAUCGCAACCAACGGGACGCCGGAGCUGCAGAACCCGGAGAAACUGUCGACGACAUUCAGAGACUUCUUGAACCGAUGUCUGGAGAUGGACGUGGAGAAGAGAGGAUCCGCUAAAGAGCUGCUGCAGCAUCAGUUCCUGAAGAUGGCGAAGCCUCUCUCCAGUCUGACUCCUCUCAUCGUGGCUGCCAAGGAGGCGGCCAAGAACAACCGCUAGCGAAGAAAACCUUGCACUCGAUCGUUUUAUCUGUCUAUCCCUCCCUCUCUCCGUCUGCCAUCCCUCCUUCUUCUUCUCUCUGUCUCUUUUUCGGGAGAUGGGAGGGCAUCUGGCUGCCCUACAGUCUUUCUCUCCCUUCUUCUUUUUAUCUUCUGCAACCUGCACCGACUGCCCCCCCC